ACAUCGAGCAGAGCCCUUCCUCCCGACACGGCGACGCCCUCGCACAGCACUGCGCCACUGCUCGACCUCGACGCCCAGCCGCCUCGCCGUCGCCGUUCCUCGCGACGCGACCUCACCGCCUGUAGCCUGCUGGAGCCCGGAUCCCAGCCUCCCGGCGCCCGCGCCUCUCCUUCCCGCCCGGCCGGCCGGCCCUCUGGUCCAGCCGCGCCUCCCUGCCCACGCCCCUCCCUGCGCGCGGCCGCGCCCCUGCCGCCGGCCGGAAGCCUGGCGCCCCUGCCCUCGCCCUGCAAGUUUGGCGGCAGCCACUGCCGCUCAGUCACCACACCAGCCUCCGGAAUUGAAGAGGUGAAUGAAGAUGAUAUAAUUGAUAUCUUCACGGCAAUGCAAAAACGUAGGCCAGAAACAUAGUCUUUUUGAAUUUCUCAAGCCGGGCUCACGGAGAAGGGCGCCACCCCGCCAUGAUCGCCGCAUCAGCGCGGCGGGUCGCUGCAGCCGCCGCUUCCUCUUCCCAGUCCGGCCGUGUCUCCCAGCUGGCCUCGACACUGAAUCACCAGAGAUGGAUUCACGACCGUAACAAGAAGGCAAUGGAGUUGGUGGCCAAGGGUUGGAGCGCCCUACAGGAGGUCGAUCGCGUCAUCGACUUCGCCGACCGCAACGACAAGCGGCUAAUCCCACUUCUCAGGGGCGCGAAGGAGAACUUUGAGCUGGCUCUAGAGAUCGACAAUAUGAAUACUCACGCGAGAUGUUGGCUGGCCAAGAUGCAUUUCAAGUACCAUGUUCCCGGGGCGUGCAAGGCAAUUGGUGCUGCUUUGCUUGUUGAAGCUGCGAACAUGGGUGAUCCAGAGGCACAGUAUGAACUUGGAUGUCGGCUAAGAGUUGAGAAUGAUCAUGUUCAGUCUGAUCAACAGGCCUUCCAUUAUAUAGAGAAAGCUGUUGACCAGUUGCAUCCUGGUGCUUUGUAUCUUCUUGGUGCUGUAUAUAUAACUGGGGAUUGCGUCAAGAGGGACAUAGCUUCAGCUAUGUGGUGUUUCCAUAGAGCUUCAGAAAAGGGACAUGCUGGAGCUGCAAUUGCAUAUGGUUCCCUUCUUCUGAAAGGUGCUGAAGUGCCUGAAGUCAUUACCAGGUUCAACUCAGGCAAGAGUCCGUCAACUGGGAAGGUGCGAAAAAGGACAAUACAGCAGGACCCAGUAAAGCUGGCAAAGGAGCAGUUCCAGAUAGCAGCUGAGUCUGGAUCUGACCUCGGUUUACGGUGGUUGAAGAGGCUUGGAGAUUACGAAAAACAGCCCGAAGAGCUAAAGCAAAUCCAGCAAUGACCUCCAGCGAAAGAAUACCACUGCAUUCGGCAAUUAGUGGAUGUUGCAAUGCUCUUGCUGCACAUUAGUAGAGAGCUUCAUGUUUCAUCUGCCUUCAGAAUGUAGAGAUAACCUAUCUGCACAUUAAAAAUCGCUAUUUCUGUAAGCUUUUCUUGCUCCUAGGUGAUCUUUUGAAAAAUUCGUACUCCAGCUAUUCCUAGCAAACAACCCUAGUAUUUUUGACAGCAUAGUAAACAGCCCUAGUAGGCAAGGAGGCAUUACUUUUCCCUCAAUUCUUCAACCGUACUUUAAUAUCAUUUUGUUUUCAAUAUCUUGAUAGGUGGCCGUGAUCAGGUAAA